UGCCACGAUCGAUAAGGCUGAACAAUGAAAAAAAAUUGAAGAAGUGUUUAACUUGCUAAAUAUGUGUUUUAAUAAGCUGUUAAUUAAAAACCAUAAAGUCUAUUCCAUGUUCCAUAUAUGUUGAUAAGCGGCUGACUGAGAGAUAAUCACCCACGAGCUUCCACAAUUGAGCUAUCAGUAUCAGUAUAUUUGCAUGCUUGGCGCAGGGAAGAGAUGGGUGGAGCUGCGUCUCUGAAUUGCGCAAUUUUUGUAUUUUUUCUGCUACGGCAGGGCACUAAAUCUCAGUUUUUAGAGCCAGACUGCGGUCUGUCAGGCAUUACCAAUAAGAUAACAUUUGGUCACGAUGCAGUACACGGAAGCAAUCCUUGGAUGGCAUUCAUUUACAGAACCGUAAAUCAAAGUACAACUGAGUUCGUCUGUGGCGGAACUCUAAUCCACAAACAACUGGUUUUGACAGCUGCACACUGCAUUGUAAACGACGAAAUCCUGGCUGUGCGUCUGGGAGCAUACUACUCGCUGGACAGUAUUAGUACAUCCAUGGAUUACGCUGUAAAUAAGGCGUUUCGGAACAAACUCUACAACUGGACACAACAGUAUCACGAUAUCGGUAUAUUAAUGCUGGAGCCAGAUGUCCAAUUCACUGCAUUCACCACAGCUUACAUCAGACCCAUUUGCAUCAUCACGGAUCCCACAAAUGUGCCCAGUGUGAGAACCUUCAAAGCUGUUGGUUGGGGAAGAACGGAACAUGAGAAAACGGCAAGGGUUUUGCAGAUAUUAGAGCUUAACGAACUGGACCCAUCUGAAUGCAAUAACGCAUUGUGGACUAGGAUAAAUGAGAGCCAAAUCUGCGCUGGUCACAGCAUCGGUGACACCUGCGUUGGGGACUCCGGAGGUCCUCUGGCUCACCGGCUUUACAUGAGCGGACAAGUGCGGUACGUUCAGCUCGGAAUCGUCAGUUUCGGAAGCGCGGAAUGCCGCAGUCCAGGAGUCUACACCCGGGUAUCCAGCUAUAUCGACUGGAUACUAAAGGUCGUUAAUAACUACCUGUUUCGAAAAAUUGAAUUUCGGAGAUUGCAUAACAUAACAAAUAAUUAAAACAGUAUUUAAAAUUAAAACAGUUAUGUAAAUUAAAGCAGUUAUGUAAAUUAAAAGGAUAAAU